UCUAUUUCAGCAAGCAGUCAGCUGUUUGUCAAAAUCGAAACUGCGAUUUAGUGUCGUGUCGUGGUCACAAUUUAUAUUUAUUGCAGAGUUUUUGUGAAAUUCUAAGCAAUUAAAGUGAUUUUAAAUGUUAAAACAAUAUUGACUGAUUCAUAUGGCAGUAUCAGUGUGUUAGCUACAUUUCCGCAUUGUUCCUUGACGAUUUGAAUUUAGAAUUGAGUUCCUGUCUACGAACGAGAAAAAUUACAGAGGCACAGGAGUGCCUCUUCGCAAUUCCUCGCCGCAGCCAUACCCAAGAUGACCAGCGCGCCAACCAGAAGCAAACCUAACAAAAUCCUUCACACAUUCUUAAACACAUAAAUUGGACUUGUGUUCCAAACAAGACUUUAACCAAGUGAUAUUUUGUUCCUUAUAUUUAUUAAAAGUGAUACUAGUGUAAGAUAAGACAAUGUUGCGUGUUUUGUGCAUCGCUUUGGUGUUGUCCGGUGUGGUUGCCGACCGGACUAAGUUACCCCCAACGUGUGACAGUGUGAUCUACUGUCAUGGCCCCUUGUUGGACACGGUGCAGAUGGCGGGGCUUUACAACGACUCCAAGACCUUCGUCGACAUGAAAAUCAAGUUGUCUCCCAACAUCACCAUGGAACACUUCCACGAGAUGAUGAGGAGGACUGGUUCCCAACCCACGAAGGCUGACAUUAGGGAGUUUGUAGAUCAGAACUUUGAUCCUGAAGGUUCAGAGUUUGAGGACUGGAGACCCGAUGACUGGAAAGAUAAUCCUGCGUUUCUGCAGAGGAUCAAGGACCCACUGUUUCAUCAGUGGGCGUCAGAUCUGAACAAACUGUGGCUACAGCUCGGCAGGAAGAUGAAGGACGAGGUCAAGCAUAACCAGGACCUCUAUUCCAUCAUAUACGUGGAGAAUCCUGUUAUUGUACCUGGCGGCCGGUUCCGCGAGUUCUACUACUGGGACUCCUACUGGAUCAUCAAGGGGCUGCUGCUCUCCGAGAUGAGGUCGACGGCGCGCGGCAUGCUCUCCAAUUUCCUCGACAUCGUUGAUAGGUUCGGCUUCAUCCCUAAUGGAGGCAGAGUUUAUUACGCCAUGAGAUCGCAGCCUCCGCUCCUGAUCCCGAUGAUGCAGCUGAUCAUGGAGGACUUCGACGACGUGGGCUACCUGCGCCAGCACAUCCACACCCUCGACCGCGAGUUCGACUUCUGGAUGACGAACCACACUCUGGAAGUGGAACAUGAUGGGCACAAAUACACCUUAGCGCGGUACAACGACAUGUCACAAGGUCCUAGACCAGAGAGUUACAAGGAAGAUAUUGAUUGUGCCAAGCACUUUGAUACGCGAGACAAGAAGGAAGAGCUAUACGCGGAGCUCAAAGCUGCUGCCGAGUCUGGAUGGGACUUCUCCUCCAGAUGGUUCAUACUGAACGGAACUAAUAAAGGUAAUUUGACAAAUCUAAAAACCCGGUCUAUAGUGCCAGUGGAUUUGAACGCCAUAAUGUGCGGUAACGCUCAGAUAAUGAGCGAGUACCACGCUAGGCUAAACAACGCUGAAAAAGCGGCGUAUUAUAGAGAUGUGCACGCCAGGCUAAUGGAAGCUAUAGACAAGGUUCUGUGGCACGAAGACGUGGGCGCCUGGUUGGACUACAGCCUGGAGUCUGGCAGGAGGAGAGACUACUUCUAUCCCUCCAAUUUAUCCCCUCUGUGGACCAAGUGCUACGACAUGGGACGGAAGGAAUACUACGUUAACCGAGUCGUUAACUAUUUGGAUAAAGUUAAGCUGGACGUGUACGAAGGCGGCAUCCCCUCCACGUACGAGCACACUGGCGAGCAGUGGGACUACCCGAACGCGUGGCCCCCCAUGCAGUACAUCGUCAUAAUGGGGCUCGCCAACACCGGCGUGCCUGAAGCGAUGAGGUUCGCCAACGAAAUGGCGACCAAAUGGGUCCGCUCCAACUUCGAAGUUUGGAAGGAUAAGACCGCCAUGUUGGAGAAGUACGACGCAACAAUCUUUGGCGGCCUCGGCGGCGGCGGCGAGUACGUCGUCCAAACGGGCUUCGGGUGGUCCAACGGUGUCAUCAUGGCGUUUCUGAACAAAUAUGGGGAUGAGAUGUGUGCAGCGGAUGCGUUCGGCGCGGCGGAGUCGGGCGCGGUGGUGGGCGCGGCGGUGGGCGCGGGCGGCGUGGCCACGGCGCUGCUCGCCGUGCUGGCCUCCGUCGCCGCGGGCACGCUGGGGUUAAUGAUGUACAAGAAGCGGAGAGAGUACACUGCACUGCACUCCGGUGAGGACCUGAAACUCCUCUCGCGGAAGCCGUAUACAGAACUCAGAAGCCUCAACGGGGCAUCGGCACAACGACUACGGUAAAUCAGCACCAACCACCCUACAUUUGCCGGUUGUACGCAAAAAUCUGUUUCUAUUCAUAGUUAAUAGAUGGCGCUGUUUAUGAUUUUAACUAAUGAUAUGUAGGGAUUUCAAUGCUUGGUAACGAGCGUAAUGUACAAAAAUGUCGACCUUAUUUCUAAGAUUAGACAAAAUAUGUAAAAAUACGAAAAAAAAAUGGCGUCAUACCAGUUUAUCGAGCUGUGACAUGUAUGUAUAUAGCUUUUAUUAGCUAAUUAAUAGUUAUGUACAUAUUAGACAUGUUUUGUUAAACAUAGUUCCUCGAUUGUGUAUUUUCACGGAGUUGGGUAUGUUUUAAUAUCACAACCUUGUAUAAAUAAUAACUACUAUACUAUAUAAAACAGGAAAUAAAUUAGUAUUAACCAAUAAAUUUUAUUACUUAUAAUAUUAAAGGCUCCACUCGAAUUCAGCUAAAAUCAAAACAAAUAAUAUUAAUAAAUUCCGUGAAUUACACAAUAAAUUUUACCAGUCUUGUUACUCAAAAUGACUUUUAUGUAAGUCUCGAUGACAGAUAGGUAAGGAAUUCUUUUUAUGAAUCUGACCAUAAGGCACAAGUUGGCUUGGCAUAAAAAUAUACAGUGCUUUUAAGGAAAUAUAAAAUAGUUCCUCAAACCACCUUAUGCCUUGCUGUCUGCGUAUGACUAUUAGCUCAAUUAUGUUCUCAUAAAGCCUGGAAUACCCUGUCUACAUAAAAGCAUGCUAAUUUUCUACUAGUUAGUGUGCUCUUUAACUAAACAUAUUUAAACAAUAGUUGUCCAUAUACAUGGUAAUGAAUUGCCACAAGGUAACGUUUGACAAAAAAGCGUGCUUUGUGCUAUCUAGUAGCAGGUGUAUUCCAGACGACACUUUAAAGCAAUAUAUUGUAUACUUUUGUGUUGACAUUACAAACGUCUGGAAAUCAUAUUGUCAAUCUUUGACAACGUGGAUUUUUACUACGCAUAGAUUUUGCUCUCUCUACAGGGCUUUUAAGGCAAAA